AUGAUGGUCCAAAGCCAUUUGAUGUGGCUUGCCCACGUUCUUCCGGCCGUUGCACUCACUUUCGCCACGCCUUCUCAGGCGACUCCCUCUUCGGCUCCGCUCUCGGGCUGUGGCUCUGAGAACUUGAUUGAGGAUGUGGCUUUUGAGACUAUUGAUCUCGAUGACAGUGUGUGGACUGUAUUGCCGCCCAAUGGCGGUGCCGCUGUUGAUGGAUACUUGCAUCUGAGUGCCGAAGCUAUCCAAUCGCAGACCCUGUUGGCCCAAACAGUUACCGGCGCUGUUGCAGAAGAGAGUUAUACUGUCUCUUUGGAUUUCCGCCAGACAGCUGGGUCAGGCGUUGGUAGUACAACUUGUGCCAUAAAUCUCCUGGUCAAUGGUGCAGAUAUCGGUACUAGCACUCUCACAGCCGGCUCCUGGAAGACCAUCACCAAGCAAUGGACAGCUGCCAGCUCGGAAGUCGACAUAUUCAUCCUAAUUGAUUGCCCUGAUGCAGCGAUAUCGGGUGCAACAGUGGAUGUGAACAGCAUCUCGUUCAAGAAGAGCUGUGGUUCAUCCACCUUGACCAGCGUUUCGAUCCCUAUCAAGACGCCAUCAGAUUCACCUGUGACUACCAGCGCUCCGCUCACUUCUUCUGUUUCCCCAUCUGGCAAUUCCAGCUCCGAGGGAUCAGGAUCUUCAUCGCACGUCUCCUCAGCCUCACCAAGUAGCACUGUAGGACCUAUCACCUUGACUACCACUAUCACCGGACCCGUAAACCCCGCCUCCAGCAGUGCCAUCGCGCCCUCAGCCUCAAUCCCUAGAGCACCAACAUCUUCUGAGCCCACCGCGCUGACAACCCCUGCCUCUGUGGACCCCGUGAGUUCCUCCAUGGGGGGAACUGCUACGCCGGAUAUGACAACAUCUACUGUUUUCACCACCCGCACUGCGACUAUCACAGCCUGUCCCUCGACUGUCACCAACUGCCCAGCCACUGACAAGACAACUCACAUUACAACCGAAACUAUCGUUGUCUCGACUACCGUCUGCCCUGUUGAAGACGCAAUCACCACUGCCGAGGGAUCUACCCAUACCAGCCUGUCUGGCACUGGCAACGACUACACAAUCUCAACAAUCCUCUCAACCAGAACUGUAACCCUAACUCAGUGCCCAGCAACAGUGACUGACUGCCCAGCCCGCGACCAGACAACACACGUCACGACUGAGACCCUCGUUGCCGGUAUCACUUCGAUUCCCAUUAGCCCUACCGUGACCACCACGGCACCUGCCGCAGUGCACACAUCGCCUGUUCCUGGGCAGACCACGACUAUUGUUGUUGGCAAUGAGACGAACACCUCGACUGCGUACUCUGUGAGCACCGUCACAGGCACCGCUACUACCGAGGGAGGUGUUGUUAAUGAGACUGGUGUUUCUCACAUUGGUGGAAAUGGGUCAGAAUCCGGAGUGUCGGCGGGCGAGGGCGAAGGUGAAGGUUCGACCAGCUCUGGCUCUAGCGUCUCCAUUGGUAACAAUGCCGGUUACCUCUCUAACCUGCCCAGCAUCACACGCACACGUGUCGGCUCAGCUACACCUUCAAGCUUCACCGACAUUCACUCAGCUACGGCUAAGGUUUCCCCCGUCGCAGCCUCCACUCCUACUGCCGCGGGUGCAGAUGCAGUCGCGGGCACAAGUUCGGGAUCUACUACCGAAAUCAGUAGCUCAGCAAGUGCAUCACCUGUGUUCAAUAGUGCUUCGCCCUUGACUGUUUCCAACGUUCUGUCUGCGCUUGGUGCUAUCGCCGCUCUCGCGCUUUUCCUUUGA